AUGGCGCCAGCGUUUGGGACCACGAAAUUCGGAUGUAUUUUUUUCGUUGCUGUUGUGUGUUUUACGAUCGUCAUCGUGUAUGCUCAUCCGGACAAACGACAAAACUCGGAUAAAGAUGAGUAUGAGGAUGUUCCUGACCAACCAUUUCCUGGAAAAAUUGAAAUCAUGCCCAUUGUCCAACGCGACACCAAACACAAAGGAGUCUCCGAAUACGUGAAAGAGAUAAUUCGAGAGCUGCCAAACGAUGAGCAAUACGAGAGAAUAGGAAAGAUGCUGAACAACUCGUACGACGCAGUCAGUAAAGAAAUGGCCGCGGGACAAACCGCGAUUCGACAGAAAAUGGUUAUGACAGAGGAAAGGACGAAUUAUGGAAUCGGCAAAGCGGUGAUGAUCAGUGGACUGUGUGGUCUCAUAGUUCUUCUUGUUUAA